AUGAGCACAUCUACUUAUACGAGACGGACGUGGUACCGCACCACGUUCUUUAACAUCUCGGUCGUCUCGCUCUGUGCUUUUAUUGCACCGGGACUAUGGGCGGCUAUGAACGGUCUUGGGGGAGCAGGGGCCGCGGACCCACACUACGUCAACGCCGCUAAUGCAGUCAUCUUCUGCCUGCAAGUUUUGGUCUGCAUAUUUGGCAGUGCUAUGAUUGCAAAGAUUGGACUGAAGUGGGCUUUAGUUCUCGGUAUGGUAGGCUUUCCAAUCUAUGCAUCUAGCAUAUAUUGCAAUAUCAGGUACAACAAUACCUGGUAUAUCAUGCUGGCUUGUGUUAUCGAUGGCGUCUCAUCAGGAAUUUUCUGGCUCACUGAAGGAGCCAUUGUCCUAUCUUAUCCUGAGAAGCACCGACGAGGUAAGUAUCUGGCCUACUGGCUAGCCAGCCGGAUCGUUGGCCAGAUGAUCGGUGGGUCAGUCACUCUAGGAGUUAAUGCCGGAAAUCGAGAACAGGGACAUAUAAGUGUGAAGACGUAUUUUAUCUUCAUCUCAAUACAGGCCUUGGGCCCAUUUGUGGCGGCUUUGCUCUCAUCCCCCGACAAGGUCCAGCGAUCGGACCAGUGCCCAGUGUCACUUGACCUGCCUAGGAGCUUAAAAGUGGAACUGAAUAUAAUGUGGAAGUUGGUUUGCCGGAAGGAGAUCCUCUUACUCCUGCCGAUGAUAUUUCAGAGUGUCUUCUCGGAAGCGUUUUUCUCCACCUACAACGCAACAUAUUUCACAGUACGAUCUCGCGCUCUAGCCUCCCUGGUGGCUAGUACAUGUGUGAUUAUUGCGAACUUCUUGUUAGGGUUCUUCCUGGAUUGGAGGAGACUGACCUUGAAUACUCGAGCAAUAUCUGCGUUCGUGUUGAUCUACUCUUUCGAGCUAUCUCUUUACAUAUACGCUAUGAUUGUCACUAAGGAGUACGAGAGAAGAGAUACCCCUCCUGUUCUUGACUGGGCUGACGAUGGGUUUGGUCGGGGUGUCUGCGUCUAUAUCCUGAUGCUGGUUGGAUUUAAUCUGAUGUACGACUACCUAUACUGGCUGAUUGGUACAGUCAACCGCAGUGGUGGUGAUAUUGUGCGACUCAGUUCUGUUGUUCGCGGCGUUGAGAGUGCCGGCCAAGCGAUAUCGUAUGGGAUUAACUCGAUCGAUCAGACGCGCUUUCCACUAUCUGGGGCCGUUGGUGUCAAUUUAUCGUUCUUUGCAUUGUGCAUUAUUCCCUCGGCUUUUGUCGUUUUCAAGGUUGGCAUUAUAAACGGCGUGAAGGUGUACAGGAUCCAACAGGAUGAAAGCGUCCACGACGAUGAUGUGAGGGCUGUGGCGAGAGGAUCAGACAAUAGCUCUCAUGAUAUUCGAGAUGCAAAUCUGGCUAAGUGA